UCCCCGUCGCCCUUUGAUCUGCAUCGGUGGCAGAUCCACCGGGAGAUCGCUGGAACCCCGGAAGCCGAAAAUGGAGCUGUUAACAUUCAGGGACGUGGCCAUUGAUUUCUCUCUGGAGGAGUGGGAAGACCUGGACUCUGCUCAGCAGAAUUUGUAUAGGGAUGUGAUGUUGGAGACUUAUGGAAACCUGGUCUCGCUGGGUCUUGCUGGCUCUAAGCCAUACAUGAUCACUUGCCUGGAGCAAAGCAGAGAGCCCUGGAAUGUGAAGAGACAAGAGACAGUAGUGAUACACCCAGCUGUGUCUUCUUAUUUUACCCAAGACAUUUCAUCAGAACAGCAUAAAGAACACUCAUUCCAAAAUGUGACAGAUGGAAGAUACAGAAUUUGUGGUCAUGACAACUUACACUUAAAAAAAGAAUGGGAAAGUGUGGGCAAGUGUGAUGGUCAGAAUGCAUGUUAUAAUGGAUAUAAUAAAUUUAUGACAACUAAAGAAAGCAAAAACUUUACUGCCAGCAGAGAUCAGGAAUACAUAGUAUCUCCAAAAAAACCUGAAUUUAUGCCUGCUGCUUUAAAAGACCCAUGUGUUUUUGUAAGUCAACAUUCACACCAGAUUUUGAAACAUGCCUUUUCUCUCAAAGGAAAUUUGGGAAAUCUAAAGAUGAGACCAGUCCAUGCUUCAGUUGAUCACUUGAAAAAUUUUAAAUGUAGGAUUGGAUUAAAUUUUCAGGCAUUUGUUUUAGUAGACAAUAGAUUUAAAAGUGAUGAACAAAAUCCUAAAUUUAAUCAAUUUAGUUCAUUUAUGAAAGGUUUGUUAUUCUGCAAUCAACAAAAAGGUCUUCCCUAUACCAAGUUGUACAAUUUUCAUAAGUAUGGAAAAUUAUUUACCCAUCAGUUAUUGCACACUCAAAAUCCAGAUAUAGAUAUCUAUAAAUGUAUGGAAUGUGGCAAAGCUUUCAAAUGUUCUUCAAACCUUACUCUACAUAAGAGAAUUCACAGUGGAGAGAACCCUUACAAAUGCAGAGAAUGUGGCAAUGCCUUUAAUAAUCGCUCAGACCUUACUCAACAUCGAACAAGUCAUAAUGGAGAGAAGCCAUACAAAUGUGAAGAAUGUGGCAAAGCCUUCAAGUGUUGUUCACACCUUACUCGACAUCAGAAAAUUCAUACCGGAGAGAAGCCAUACAAAUGUGAAGAAUGUGGCAAAGCCUUUAAUUGCUGUUCACACCUUACUCGACACCUGAGAAUUCAUACUGGUGAGAAGCCCUACAGUUGUGAAGAAUGUGGUAAAACCUUUAGACAUGGUUCAAAUCUCACUCAACAUCAGAGAAUCCAUACCGGUGAGAAGCCUUACAAAUGUAAAGAAUGUGGAAGAACCUUUACUCAUUGCUCAACCCUCAAUCAACACCAGAGAAUUCAUAGUAGAGAGAACACUUACAUAUGCAAAGAAUGUGGCAGGGCCUUUAAUACAUUCUCAAGCCUUUCUAUACAUCAUCGAAUACAUACUGGAGAAAAACCUUACAAGUGCCAGGACUGUGGCAAAGCCUUUAACUUUCGUUCUGACCUUAAUAGACAUAGGAGAAAUCAUAAUCGAGAGAAGGUAUACAAAUGUAAAGAAUAUGGCAAAGUUUUUAAUAACUGUCCUAAUCUUACACAACAUCAGAGAAUGCAAAUGGGUGAGAAGCCCUACAAAUGUAAAGAAUGUGGCAAAGUUUUUAAAUAUUUUUCACACCUUACGCGGCACCAGAGAGUUCAUAGUGGGGAGAAACCCUACAAAUGUAAAGAAUGUGGCAAAGCCUUUAAUGAAAAGUCAAAACUUUUUCAACACCAGAGAAUUCACACAGGAGAGAACCCUUACAAAUGUAUACAUUGUGGCAAAGGCUUUAAUAACUGUUCAAGCCUUACUCAACAUCAGCGAAUUCAUACUGGAGAGAAACCCUACAAAUGUAAAGAAUGUGACAAAGCCUUUAACAGUUGUUCCCACCUUACUCGACAUCAGAAAAUUCAUGAAAGGGAGAAGCUGCUGAUGAAAGAAUGUGGCAAACUUUUUUCCUGUUGCUCAAAUUUUACUCAACACUAGAUAAUACAUGCUGUAUAGAAUUCUUACAAAUGUAAAAAUUUUAGGAAAGACUUCAGUAAUUGUACAAACCUUAUUCAACAU